GAAGCAGAGGAGGAGCCAUUCAGAACAGUUCCCCCCCACACCCUCCGUAUAAGCGUGAGAAACCAGCAGCCCAGGCUGCUCUGGCUCACAGGGAUGCGCGGGAAGCUGAACUUUGGAGAGGCUGCCGUGUGAGUGUGGGCGCGCAGACGCGGCUCCCAGCGGUUCGGAGCCCCUCGGGAAAAGGACAAGACUCCGAGUGAAUAAGGGUAACGCAAAAGCGGCGGCGAGGAAAGCAAACCGGCGGACUGGAGAACUGAGAAUGAGCAUUCAGAAGUGCCAGCUUCUGAAGAGACGAUGAGCAGAGCCGAACCCAGAAGAGACCAACAACUCCUUUGCAAGCUCUGCUGCUUCUGACCCCUGCUCCCAGCAGGCGCCGACUGCAGCCUCCCAACCUCCAAACACACGCACACACACAGACCAGGAGGAAAUCGCCCGGGGCUUCCCUGAGCCGGGAGGUCGGAUCGGUUGAGGAGGACUCCAACCCAGCUGCUGCAGGAGGAUGAACACCACCCACCACCAUGGCACCUCUACCUCCCUCCACCUCUGGAACCGCAGCAGCUACGGGCUGCACGGCAACGCCAGCGAGUCCCCGGGGAAGGGGUAUUCGGACGGGGGAUGCUAUGAGCAACUUUUCGUCUCCCCCGAGGUGUUUGUGACUCUGGGUGUCAUAAGCCUGUUGGAGAACAUCCUCGUGAUCGUGGCCAUAGCCAAGAACAAGAAUCUCCACUCACCCAUGUACUUCUUCAUCUGCAGCCUGGCUGUGGCAGAUAUGUUGGUGAGCGUUUCGAACGGGUCGGAAACCAUCGUCAUCACCCUGCUGAACAGCACAGACACGGACGCGCAGAGCUUCACCGUGAAUAUUGAUAAUGUCAUUGACUCUGUGAUCUGUAGUUCCUUGCUUGCCUCUAUUUGCAGCCUGCUUUCCAUUGCGGUGGACAGGUACUUCACUAUCUUUUACGCGCUCCAGUACCAUAACAUCAUGACGGUUAAGCGGGUCGGGAUCAUCAUAAGUUGUAUCUGGGCGGCUUGCACUGUGUCGGGCAUUCUCUUCAUCAUUUACUCGGACAGCAGCGCUGUCAUCAUCUGCCUCAUCACCAUGUUCUUCACCAUGCUGGUUCUCAUGGCCUCUCUCUAUGUCCACAUGUUCCUGAUGGCGAGGCUUCACAUUAAGAGGAUUGCUGUCCUCCCGGGCACUGGCCCCAUCCGCCAGGGUGCCAACAUGAAGGGGGCAAUUACCUUGACCAUCCUGAUCGGGGUCUUUGUGGUCUGCUGGGCCCCGUUCUUCCUCCACUUACUGUUCUACAUCUCCUGUCCCCAGAAUCCAUACUGUGUGUGCUUCAUGUCUCAUUUUAACUUGUAUCUCAUACUCAUCAUGUGUAAUGCUGUCAUUGACCCUCUCAUUUAUGCUCUGCGGAGUCAAGAACUGAGGAAAACCUUCAAAGAGAUCAUCUGUUUCUACCCCCUAGGAGGCAGCUGUGACUUUUCCAGCAGGUAUUAAGCGUGCAAACUAGAAAUCUGCAGUCGUUCUCACCCUGACACAAACUGACCAGUGCACUUUGCAACAGCUGCCUUUUCUGUGUAGUGCUUUGAUUGAAAAUAUCUGCUGUGUAAAUUUAAGCUUAUGACUUUUGACAUGAAAAAAAAGUCUAAAUUUGUUAUUUUUGAUGUCAUGCUACUUUUUGUUUGUUUGUUUGUUUGCCAGUGCUUCUUUGUGUUCUAUAUUGUGGGCACUAUGCAUUUACAAAAAAUGAAACGCAAAGACACCCUUAUUAAAAGUUUGACAGUGUCUCUUUCCUGUUAUUUAUCAAGAUUCAACACUUGUUCUUUUUGUAGUAGCAGAAAUCGGAGCCUUAUUAAAUACGUUCUCGGCUGUUUUCAUGCAUUACCCCACCGCACUGCAGAAGCAUGGUUCCACUGCUUAUGGGGAAGUGCUCAAAAACCAGAUGCUUGAUCAUUAAAUAAGUCAGCCCUAUCAGUGAAAUUUCAAGCAACUGAAUAACAGAUUUCCUGCUAGCCUUUCUGUUCAAAUAUACUGAUGCGUCUCUUUAAAUAAAAGAAAGAAGCAGCUACCGAGGAAAAAGUGAGAUUUGAGUCAUAUGCAACUCUCCAGGAUGGAGAGACUCAUUGCCAAAGCCAACAGCCUCACAGUACAGAUAGGCAAUCAGUUGGGGGGAGGGGAAGUGCCCACUAUUAAAAUUAAAGUGUCCUGGCAAAUCUAAACUGUCUAUGCCAUGCUGAAGUUCCCUAUGCCAGAUGAUCCCCAACCAUAAGUGACCAAACAGAAUGAAUCUUUCCAGCCUAUUAACCAGGGAUUCAGUUCUUACAGAAACAUCCAGAAAGGCCACCUGAGAGGUGCAGCAUUUCAUAGAGUUGACAACAAAUUUCAUGUGGAGGGGACUUCCUGUUAACUUUCUGAUUAGGUUUUUGGGCUGGUGUAUCAGUGCUGAAGAUCAAACAUUUUAACUUCCCAAGCCAAAUCCACAUCACAAAACAUUUUGGGACAGUGUUUGUAAAUAUUUAAACUGUGGAACUCUGUGGUGUUGGCACAUUAUAAGACGAAAAGAAGACACAUAUGGGGUCCUGGAAGAUACAAUAAAAUACUCUGGUGUUCUUAGCCAUAUCUUAGGGAUGAAAAUACUUGUUUUUCUCCAAAAUAAUAUCAUAGGUAUGGCCACUGAGCAACUGAGUCUGUGCUUUCUAGCCUGUGUAUAUUUUAAAAUAAAAAGAAAUAAAAUGUAAGAUUAGAAAUAAACUUUCCUUUGA